AUGGCGUCGAGCCUGCCGUGGCACCCUUUAAUACCCUCAAAAACUCAACGCUUCCAUCACUAUCGCAAAACCCUUAAACCUAAUUUCGUUCCUAUUCGCCACGCGGAUUGUAUUACGGCCUUCAGGCGCAGCGACUUUGAUGGAUUCACCAAGCGUGUGACCUCCGGCGAGGCCUGGAGAGACGUGUGGAGGAGUGCUAAUGAUGGGUUUGAGCAGCUCGUGUACGAGAGCAAGAAGACAGCUGAGCGUAUUAACAGGAGGUAUGCUGUCUCGGAUAGAUUCUCGGAGGUGACAAAUUCUGCAGCAGGCCGUGCCCGUGAACUCGACCGCGAGUUCGGAAUUACGCAGCGGUGGCGGACUUUCUCUCUUGAUUUUAGUAGAAAUUGGCCGAGGUACAGGAGGCAGUUCAGUGAUUUUCUUGAUUCGCCAUUGGGAAGAAGUUUUUCUACAAUCUUCUUCGUUUGGUUUGCUCUGUCAGGAUGGCUAUUCCGUGUUCUGAUAUUCGCCAUGUGUGUACUUCCAUUUGCUGGUCCUCUUCUAAUUGGGGCUGUGGCCAACAAUCUUGUUAUUAAGGGAGAAUGCCCGGCGUGUAGGAGGCAGUUUGUUGGAUACAAGAGCCAAACUGUUUGUUGUGCAAGUUGUGGAAACAUUGUAUGGCAGCCAAAAGGUGACUUCUUUUCAAAAGGCAGCCGAGGGGCUGUGUAUCUCAAAGAGAUUAAAAAUUGUCGAUAUCCAGAUUCUCGCUUGCAUCGUGUCUUCAAAUAG